GCCAUCAUAGGUGCUGCUCGCUAACAGCACUUGCCCCAACAGUCUGUUGAGGCUACAUGGGGAUAUUCUUUUAUAGAUCUGCUCUAAUCCCGAGUUGUAUUCCUCUCGUCCUGGCAGGACACAACGGUCUAGUUGCUGUGAGUACGACUCGCAGAGCCGGGCGCAAGCACGGAACCAUCGCACCGCACGCCCCGGCAAACCCUGCCACACAGUGAUGUCCACAGCAGUGCAGAGAGUCUUCAGCUGCGUCUUCUUGGCAGUCGCAAUUGUUGUACUCGGAGCCAUGGCUAAUAGAGGGGGUAUUUGCCGGUAAACAUCUGGCCAGCUAUUUGCAUUGGUUCAAGCAAGCGUGAUGAGACGCCAAUGCCGAAACUGGUCAAGAAUUUGCAUCGAACCAACGCUAUUGAAAUUGUGAGCUCCCAGAAUGCUUUGCGACCGAUGGGAUAUUUAAAAAAAUGGACUUUGGAGGGACCUGAUAUGUGAAGGUGGCUGCCUGUCUCCUUAUUUAUUGAGGAAGGUAGGUCCGCCCACUACCCAGGUAGCACCGCCCAUUACCCAGGUAGCUCCGCCCAUUAUCCAGGUAGCUCUGCCAACUACUCAGGUAGCACCGCCCAUUACCCAGGUAGCUCCGCCCAUUACCCAUGUAGCUCCGCCCCAUAACCAGGUUGUCCGCUCACUCAACAGGUAGCUCCUCCCACUAACCAGGUAGCCCCCGCCCCAUAGCAGGUAGCCGAAUUCCUGAACUUCACGAAACCUUCAGGGUUGGGAAGAAAGGCAUCAGGAGAGACUUUCUGAAAUCAACGCUGUCCCGGCCAAUCCGGGACGUUUGAUGUCUCCACUCUCUCCCCAACCAUGCCCCCUGCUCCCAACUAAUCCCGACGCCCAUCACCAGGCCUCCUACCUGCAGCAGGCCGGGUUCGACACCGCCGUGGUGGAACGUCGGCACGUGGUCGGUGGAGCGGCCAUCACCGAGGAGAUCGUCCCAGGGUUCAAGUUCUCCCGCGCCUCCUACGUGCUCAGUUUGCUGAGGCCGCAGAUUUACAAAGACCUCGAGCUGAAGAAGUUCGGGCUGAAGCUCUACCCCCGCGACCCGUACUCCUUCAACCCCUCCCCGUCGGACGGCAGGCGUGAGCCGCCCCCGCCGUCGCUGCUGCUGGGGCUGGACAUGCAGGAGAACCAGCGGAGCAUCGCCUGGUUCUCCGCGAGGGAUGCCAAAGCGUACGCAGAGUAUGUGCAGCUCAUGGAGAAGCUGGCCUGGGCCGUGGAGCCUCUGAUCGACGCUCCGCCGCCCGACGUCCCCGGGUUCCACGGUGGUCCCCUCGGCUCGCGCCUGCGCGCCGCCAAAUCCUUCCUGCCCGCCCUGAGCUGCGUUGCCGGCGGAAGCCUCCACAAACCGUCCGCGCGGUCUUUCACCCCCAAGGUCCAGGGAUUCGCGGGGUGGAGCGAGGAGCCCAUUUUGGACCGAUGGUUUGAGUCGGAGCCUCUGAAGGCCACUCUGGCCACGGACUCUGUGAUUGGAGCCAUGGUCAGCCCCAGGACCCCGGGCAGUGGGUACGUGUUGCUGCACCACGUGAUGGGCGAGCUGGAGGGCGUUAAGGGCAUGUGGGCCUACGUGGAGGGCGGCAUGGGCGCAGUAUCCACCUGCAUGGCCAAGUGCGCCAUCUCCCGCGGAGCGUCCAUCUUCACCGAGGCGGUACUCACCCAGGUGCUCGUGGACGGCCACGGGCCGCCUCCCACCGGGGUGGUGCUGUGCGGUGGCACAGAGGUGCGCAGCAAGGUGGUGCUGUCCAACGCUACGCCGCACGUCACCUUCACGCAGCUCACGCCGCAGGAUGCCCUGCCGGCUGACUUCCUCCGAGAGGUUUCUCAAAUUGACUACACGUCUCCCGUCACCAAAAUCAACGUCGCCGUGGACCGUCUCCCCACUUCCUGGCAGCGCCGACGGAGCGAAGCGGGGCAGGCGAUGGCGCACCACCGCUGCUCCAUCCACCUCAACACGUGGGACAUGGCCUGCCUGGACCGCGGCUACCACGAGGCCCUGCAGGGGGCCCCGUCCACGCGGCCCAUGAUGGAGCUGUGCAUCCCGUCGGCACUGGACCCAACGCUGGCGCCUCCGGGAAGCCACGUGGUGUCACUCUUCACGCAGUACACGCCGUACCUACUCGCCGGGGGACGCGCCUGGACGCAGGCCGACAGGGAGGCCUACGGCGAUCGAGUGUUUGACUGCAUCGAGGAGUACGCUCCGGGGUUCAAGUCGUCCGUGAUUGGCCGGGAGAUCUUGACCCCCGCCGACCUGGAGAGGGAGUUUGGUCUCACCGGAGGGAACAUAUUCCACGGCGCCAUGUCCCUGGACCAGCUGUACUUCACCCGCCCCGUCGCGUCCCACGUGAGCUACAGGUCGCCGGUCCGAGGACUCUACCUGUGCGGGAGCGGUGCGCACCCAGGUACGGGGGGGGGCGUGAUGGGGUCGGCCGGCCGUAACGGUGCCCUCGUCGCAGUCGCCGACUGCAAGCGGAGGUGAAGCGGCCGCGCUCGUCGCUCCGCUCAUCGGGCGGUGGUGGCCACGUUGGCCGACGGCAAAUGAACGGCAUGCGCAGGUAUAGAGUACGGCGUGUACCACCGUGCGUGCGUGCGUGUGCCUUGCACGAGCGUCUGCGAAAGGACGGUUUCAUCACAAGGUGUCGAUUUUAAAUGGACUUGAUAGGAUUCGGGGUCGCCCUCGUGUCCAUUGCUCGUUGAUUGGUGUUGUUCGUUGAACGUCCGUCCGGCGGGCUCGUUGGCGCGCGGCGCUUAGCGAGAAACAGACUCGACGUUCAGAUUGCUGAUUAAAAAUAAAACGUCACUUGUUAUCAAUAAUGAUGAAUCUCCACACGUUUUGUGUGUUCCUAUAUGCACAGGUAAAUUAAACGCAUGUCUUUUGUGAAACCGAGCGCAGAAUCUUAGUUAACUCCUGUUUUUUCAGUUAAAUA